AUAAUUAGACUCGCUGUCAGGCGUUGAAUACCCGACUUGCACACAAAGCCUUUGUGCUCCAGCUGAAGCCCCUCAUUGCACCCACGCUGCUGGAAGAAGAAGAAGAAGUCAGGUACGUCUUUGGUGAUCCAAAAUUGAAAUAUCAACCUUUUAUGUUCUGCUUGGUGCAAAAGGAAGAACAGAAUAUGUUUAAAUUUUUUAUAGGUUUUGAAACUCGGACUUUGCUGAAACGGUUUGAAAUGCUGACAUGGUGAUGAGAAGGUUUCCAUAGGAGACUUUAAAUCUUUAAGAAGGAAUUGAGGUUCAUUCUUUACCUUAUUGCUUUAUCUCAUUAAGUUAUGCAGACAUUUGUCAUAUGCCUUAUCACAUGUCCUAGUCUCAACUGCAAGGCCUGCGUGACUUCAUUUUCCGUAACCACCCACUCACAAGAGUUCACAUACUGUAUGUGAACUCUUGUGAACCUGGGGCAUUUUUUACAUUUCUCACACUAAACUGAUUUAGUGUGAGAAACAUUUUUUUUUGGCAUUGUUGACCAUUUGUUAACAUCUGUGCCUAUAUUUACAAAGUUUAAAAGACUCUUCAGGGGUCACAAGGCAUAUUGAUGUGUGUCUGAUGUCAUGGCGUGCGGUGACUGUGUAUGUGACAUUUCCAAGAAUGCUAUUGCUGCUCCCUCCCUGCUUUUUCCUUGUUUUAUCUCUCUAACUUUCUCGUUUCUCACCAUGUGUUGUUGUUUCCAAAUAAACGCCUGCCUGUCUUCGCUGCUGUCCCAGAGUGUGGUAGGCUCUGCAGCUACCAAUGGAAAGAGGUGGGGUAAGAGACAGAACCAUACGGGAUGUCCAGAGAAAAGUUGUACCCAAACAUUUCCCACAAAGCAAAAUGCAAGGUGAAAAAUCAAAGCAUGUCCAAGACUCUGCAGCCCAUCGCCUUCUUCCCCAUCAUUCCUCAACUCAACCCAAGCAAACAGAUCUCUACAUCCUCCCAUCAUACUCUGACAUCCUCUUUAAUAACUUUCAAAGCCUUAGAGAGGAAGAGCUUCUCCUGGAUUUCAGUCUUUGCAUUCAAGGCAAGACUUUCCGCUCCCAUGGUCUAGUGCUCGCAACUGCCAGUGAAUGCCCACAUUUAUUUUUUGGCGUAAAACCAAUCUUUGGACUUGGAAUGAAAGAAAUUCCAGAUUUCCUGACUCCACUUGGAUUCGGGGCUGUCCUGGAGUUUGCAUAUUAUGGACACGUGGCUCUGAGCCACCUUGAAGAAGGAGAGACGGUGGGGGUCCUGAAUGCCUGUGAGUAUCUACAAAAGGACCGGCUGAGGAAGGGGCUCACACAAAGGGUCACCACUUCUGCUUCGAAGGAGAAAGACAAGAGCUUGGCGCUGAUCAAGGACAUGUGGGACAAAGGAUUAGGAUGUGAUAUAAUAAUACAAGCAGAUACUGGAGAGAGAUAUUCAGCACACCGUGUUGUGCUGGCGGCCGGUGGGGACUACUUCCGGGCGCUGCUGUGUGGCGGCAUGAGGGAGUCCCGGGAGGACACCGUGUGCUUGCGGGGUCUCUCCUCCUGGGUGAUCGAAGCCGUGGUCGGUUUCUUCUACACGGGCCAGCUCGGGUUGAGUUGGGCCCGCGUGUGGGAGCUGACGGACGCGCUGCAUCAGUUCCAGCUGAAGGGGGCGCUGUCGCUCUGCACUGACUUCCUGCAGGGCGGAAUGGACGAGAGCACCUGUCUGGACGUUCUGGUCCUGGCGGAGACAUUUGGGCUUGUCCAGCUGGGACAGGCUGCCGAGGAAUACGUCCUGACCCACUUCAGGCUCGUCUCUGCUGAAGAGAAGUUCAAGGAUAUUCCCUUUGUUCUGCUGGACCGACUGCUGGACAAAGAUUCACUGUGUGUAGACAGAGAGAUUGUGGUGUUCAGGGCAGUAGUGAGCUGGGUAGAGGAGGAACCUAAAGAACGACAUCCGUUCCUGUCCAGCCUGUUGUCCCACGUUCGCCUCCCGCUCUUCACUUCCUCUGAGGUUCAGGAAGCUCUGAGAUGGAAGCUGCUAUACAGAAGCUCCAAGACCAGGGCGACAUUAGAAACCCUGCAACGACUUGCAAAAGGGGAAAAGGUCGGAUCUGGACGUAAGCCUCGCUCACCAAACCAGGUUCUGGUGUUGGUUGGCGGAGACGCUGUUGACGACGACUUCAUGAAGAGGGUUCCAAGCCGGUCCCUGUGGUAUGCUCAACAGUUUCACCGUGGGCCGGGUCUGAUGAGAAAUAUCGAGUGGAAACUCUUGACGAAGAUCCCUGAGCCGCCUCGGUUCAGACACGCUGUCUGUCUCUUCAACAACAAACUGUACAUCCUAGGGGGACGCAAAUAUUACGGGUCUCUGGAUGUCCUCAAAUCUGCUGCAAGGCUAGACCUGACGCAGUGGAAAUGGGAGCAACUACCUGACAUGUUGUGCCCAAGGGACUACUUUGCAGCGGUGUGCCUAGACGCAAAGGUUUUUGUUUUGGGUGGUAACUACGACGACAGCCAGUACACGGACGAUGUGCAGUUUUACAGUCCUGAGGAAAACACCUGGAGGUCGGCUCGCCCUCUGGCAGCGGCGGUCUGUGGUCACGCUGCAGCCGUGCUGGACGGUCAAAUCUACGUCUCAGGCGGCUGCGACUCCUAUCACCAUUGCAGCUCCUUGCUGUGGACCUAUCACCCUUCCCGCGGCUGCUUUCCCAGAAGUCCCAUGAGCGUGGGAGGCGGACGUGCUGGACACGUCAUGCUAGCCGUGGGGGGCAGGCUGGUGGUGGCCGGAGGGGUGCAGCCCCUCCGGGUGGGGUUCGGGGACCAGCUGCUCUGUGAGGUUUAUGACCCGGCCUGUGAUUCCUGGUCCUCGUUCCCGGCCUUGCCCCGGCCCCAUCUGUCUCCGGGUGGAACUGUAAUGGACGGGCGCCUGUACGUGGUCGGGGGUUCUUCGGCCAACACGGCCAGAGACACCAAGUGGGUGCACUGCUAUGACCCCAAGAAAGAAUGCUGGGAAAACCUGGGUGCUAUGCCUCACCCAUACACUGAUCUGGCAGUUUGUGCCCUGCCACUCCCUAAUACGACUCGUUAACUAAUGACUAAUUGAAACGCCGGAGUAGUUUUGGUUUGGCUCUGUAAAAAGAAUGCCAUGUCACAAAUGCUUCAUGCUGAAAAUAUAUUUUCAAUUUUAAGGGGA